CUGUCGUGAGAGUGAAGGCCCAGGGCGUUGUUGAAAGCGGCCCUCAAUGCCUGCGUCUUCGGCCGGAGUUAAGUCAUGAUUGUAGGCGACCCUAUCUGCUGGUUGCGAUGUCAUUGUGUGACGUGACCUUGUACUGGUCCACCGGGACCUAACUCCCCGCGACCACAAGUCUCUCUCUGAGUCAAGUGUUUCGAACCAUGGCGUGUCACCUUUGGUGCGGAACGUGGUUCAGUCGAAUUUUUUUUUUCUUUUUUUGCAAUGAAUUUCAAGAUGAGAAGGUGCAAUCAGAUGCCAGGAAAACUCCGGAUUCGGAAACGGCCGCCUUCUAAGAAGUACCCCUGCUAGUGCUAUCGGCAGCUGUUAUCAUAUCGGCAUCUAUGGAUGCGGAAGCUGCCUGAGCUGCCCCGCCAUUCCUUCCCUGGACUCCCGCCGGCGCCCGGUUCUCACACCGAUCAUCUGUCACGAGGCAGGUACAGAGCCCGUUCAAGGUCUAGCUUCCAAGCCGACAACUGUCCGUGACAGAGACACCGCUAUCGCAGCUCGGAGCCAAAGUCGUCACAGGCCAGUACCUGAUUCGCUGGGCCUUUCAAUGUUGUCCAACAGCUUGCCAUCUCUUGUCUCGGAGGCGCGGACGGGGCAGUAAGCCAUGUUGGCAUACCUCACCAGGCAUACAGAAAACAGCGAAUCAAGCUCGGGCACGACCCUCUCGCUUUACGUAGCAUGAAAAAGGAACCCUUGGUAUCCAAUUCCCGGCCCGGCGUGUGUGGGAAGACGGACGGCCGUUUGCAUCAGACCUAAGAUAUACCAGGUAGUUAAACCAGACACCUGCCCGUUCCAGUCCCGGAUCCGCGGUCAGCUAUCUUCUCCUCAUUCUUCCAAACAAAAAGAUCUUCUGUUUUCUAAUCCCAUAAUCUCGAGUCCGUCUUCUGUGUUGUCGUGUACUCUGCUUGUCCAACCCAACCACACCACCACCACCACCAUCACCAUCAUCACGAUGUCCUCCCUCCCCCCCAACGUCCACAUUUCCACCCACCCCUGCCUCCAAGCCAAACUCUCCCAACUCCGCUCCGCCUCCACCACCGCCCGCGACGCCAAAACCCUCAUCAACGAAAUAACCCUAAUCCUCGGCACCGAAGCCCUCGCCAGCGCCCUCACCAGCUCCCCAGGCCCAACAGACACAACCCCCCUAGGCUUCACCUACCCAACAACCCACCUCUCCCCCUCAACCAUCUCCCUCGUCCCAAUCCUCCGCUCCGGCCUCUCCAUGGUCGACCCCCUCUCUUCCCUCUUACCCCAUCCCCCACCAAUCCACCACCUCGGCCUCUUCCGCGAACCUUCCACCCUCCUACCGGUAGAAUACUACAACAACCUCCCCAACCACCUCUCCUCCUCCUCCUCCUCCGAAAAAACCCCCGACCUCACCAUCGUCCUCGACCCCGUCAUCGCCACCGGCGGGACUUCCGCAGCCGCGAUCCAGACCCUAAAGGAAUGGGGUACAAAGCGUAUUCUCGUCCUAUCCAUCCUAGGAGCCAAGCCAGGCGUCGAACUAGCGGCGAACGAAUGGCCAGAGGGGACAGAGAUCUGGCUUGCCGGGUUGGAUGCCGAGCUCACCGAACGUGGCAUGCUCAAACCAGGCAUGGGAGACGUGGGGGAUAGGUUGUUCUUGACCAUCGGGAAGUAGUAGUAUGAGCCUUAUGCUUUGGGACAACCUUGAACAUCGUGGUUGGAUAAUUACUGGAGAGAGAAAUAUCAAAGAGAGAAAAGAGGUGGAUAGAAGGAAGGCAUGCUGCAAAACUAAACACAAAUGAAUGAAAUGGAUAGUGAUCAAAUGUUGUUUAUUUCCCCACCCUCUCUCUCCCAUGCAAAUGUCUGUGUUGAUGCUCUACAUACAUUGAAUGUGAAAAAGCCCC